AUGUCGACGCCCGCCCGAUGCCGACUUUUGCGGGAUUUUAAACGCUUGCUAAAGGACUCACCAGCAGGCAUUUGUGGAUCACCCACUGAUAAUGUUAUGGUUUGGAAUGCAAUUAUUUUUGGACCAGAAGAAACUGCCUUCGAGGAUGGAACCUUCAAACUAAAACUUGAAUUCACAGAAGAGUACCCUAACAAAGCGCCACGUGUAGUCUUUCUUUCAAAAAUGUUCCACCCUAAUGUUUACGCUGACGGAAGUAUUUGCCUUGAUAUUCUUUCCAAUGCGUGGAGCCCCACCUACGACGUUCUUGCCAUUCUGACCUCUAUUCAGUCCCUGCUUGAUGAGCCGAACCCUAAUUCACCAGCCAACAGCGUCGCCGCACAGCUGUAUAUGGAAAAUCGACGUGAAUAUGAGAAGCGUGUGCGUGCUUGUGUUGAAGACAGCUGGAACGACAAGGAUACCUAA